AUGCUUUUUGGUGAGGGUCUUCAGCAGGAGCCGGAGCAGGAGGAAGAGCCGCAGUCAGCAGGCGGAUCGGAGGAGCCGGAUCUCCAAACUUUGGAGCAAGAGUCCACAGGCGAGGAGGGGACGGGCGAGUCCCAGGAGUCGGAAGAGCUCACGGAGCCAAAGGAGCCGAAGGAGCCGGAGGAGCACCAGUCAGGUCGUUCGAAGCUCUUGGAAUCGAUCCGCCAGGGAACCAUGCUCAAGGCUACGGAGCCUCAAGAGCCUCCGGAGCCGCAAGAGCCCAGCGAACCUGAAGAGCCUCAAGAGCCCACCCCGAAGAAACCGGCGCGGCGCGCGGCGCCGGCCAACCUCUUGGCCGGCAUCCGCGCACAGGCUGGGAAGCCGCUGAAGAAGACCACCAAGACCACGAAGAAGUCCUCCUCACCUCUAUCAGCUGCCCUGAAGGCAGUUCAGCUGAAACCUGCCAAGGAGCGGCAGCUGAAGCCAAAGCCAGACACGCGGACCAAGCGGGACAAGCUCCUGGGUGAGAUUAAGGCAGGGGUGCAACUGAGCCCGCCCAAGGAGCGGACGUCCGAGGUGAAGGAAGAGAGGCCUGAGAAUCUCAUGGAUGUGCUCACCGGCAGUGAGAAGUUCAAGAAGCUGCGAGAGACCAUGCAGAAGGAGCCUGAGGAGGAGGACGAUGAGGACUGGGAGUGA